GGCGACCUAGGCUCGACGUUAUAUGAUGCAACGUUGGAGUCGAGGAAGCCGCCGGUGCACGUUGCGGUGACAAGGCGGCGGCGUGUUGGGAGGUGAUGUCCUUGGAGGUGACCCGGGCGACCGCAGGGAUGGUACUAGAAAUAAAGAAUGGAUGAAGUAGUUGCAGUAUGAGAUGACUGAUAAUUAUUGUCCAGAUGUGUAACUCAUUCUCACUUUGUAAAACAGCAGAGCUCUACGUCUCGGAUCGAGAGGGAAAUGAUGCGACAGGUGACGGAACCAAGGAGAAGCCUUUUAAAACCGGUCUGAAGGCUUUGAUGACAGUGGGAAAAGAACCAUUUCCUACCAUUUACGUAGAUUCACAAAAAGAAAAUGAGCGGUGGGAUGUUAUUUCUAAAUCACAGAUGAAGAACAUUAGGAAAAUGUGGCAUAGGGAACAAAUGAAGAGUGAAUCCCGGGAAAAGAAAGAGGCAGAAGACAAUUUGAGAAGAGAAAAGAACCUGGAAGAAGCAAAGAAGAUUACCAUUGAAAACGAUCCAAGUCUUCCAGAGCCAAAAUGUGUGAAGAUUCAUGCAUUAGAAGGAUAUAGAGGCCAAAGAGUUAAAGUGUUUGGCUGGGUCCAUAGGCUGCGAAGGCAAGGAAAGAACUUAAUGUUUCUGGUGUUGCGGGAUGGUACAGGGUAUCUUCAGUGUGUCUUGUCAGAUGAUUUGUGUCAGUGUUACAAUGGAGUAGUCUUGUCCACUGAGAGUAGUGUUGCAGUGUACGGAAUGCUAAAUCUUACCCCAAAGGGCAAACAGGCUCCUGGGGGCCAUGAGCUGAGUUGCGACUUCUGGGAACUGGUUGGCUUGGCCCCUGCUGGAGGAGCUGAUAACUUGAUCAACGAAGAGUCUGACGUUGACGUCCAGCUCAACAACAGACACAUGAUGAUCCGAGGAGAAAACAUGUCCAAAAUCCUGAAAGCUCGCUCCAUGGUCACCAGGUGCUUUAGAGAUCACUUCUUUGAUAGGGGGUACUGUGAAGUUACUCCUCCAACCUUAGUGCAAACUCAAGUGGAAGGUGGUGCUACACUCUUCAAGCUUGACUAUUUUGGAGAAGAGGCAUUUUUGACUCAGUCCUCUCAGUUGUACCUGGAGACCUGCAUUCCAGCUCUGGGGGAUGUUUUUUGUAUUGCACAGUCAUACAGGGCAGAACAAUCCAGAACAAGAAGGCACCUGGCUGAAUACACUCACGUGGAGGCAGAGUGCCCUUUCCUGACCUUUGAGGAGCUCCUGAACCGGUUGGAGGACUUGGUUUGUGACGUGGUAGAUAGAGUCUUGAAAUCACCCGCAGCAAGCAUAGUGUAUGACCUCAAUCCGAACUUCAAGCCCCCCAAACGACCUUUCAAACGGAUGAACUAUUCAGAUGCUAUUGUGUGGCUCAAAGAACACAAUAUAAAGAAAGAAGAUGGAACUUUCUAUGAGUUUGGAGAGGAUAUCCCUGAAGCUCCUGAGAGACUGAUGACGGACACCAUUAAUGAGCCCAUCCUGCUGUGUCGAUUUCCUGUGGAGAUCAAGUCCUUCUAUAUGCAGCGCUGUCCUGAGGAUUCCCGCCUCACUGAAUCUGUCGACGUGUUGAUGCCCAAUGUUGGCGAGAUUGUGGGAGGCUCCAUGCGUAUCUGGGAUAGUGAAGAAAUGCUGGCAGGUUAUAAAAGGGAAGGAAUUGACCCCACACCCUAUUACUGGUACACAGAUCAGAGAAAAUAUGGUACCUGCCCUCAUGGAGGCUAUGGCUUGGGCUUGGAACGAUUCUUGACCUGGAUUCUGAAUAGGUAUCACAUCCGAGAUGUAUGCUUAUACCCUCGCUUUGUCCAGCGCUGCAAGCCGUAACCGGUGCCUCCUGAAGCACGAAGGCCAGCACAUGGUUCCUGAGAGCAACAGACUGCCUCGUCCAAAAGAACAAAAAGCCAAGAUCUUCCCUUUUUUAUUCUAUGGGGAUAUGUCUGGUUCUGUUUUCCCCUUUUGUUAUUUGUUUUCCUGCUACCACAGAAAGCAAUCCAAAACACUGGAACAUACAGUAAAGUGACAUUGAUGUUGCCAUUUUAAGAAAAAAUAUCCAUUACAAAAUUGAGAAAUACGUGGCAUGUAAGUGCUAUUAUGAAUAUAUUUCAGCAUUUUAUGUAAUUAUAGGUUAUAAUCUUUGCACCUAUAUACCAUAUAUAUAAUUAAACAGUUUUUAAUUAUGGUCUAAGACAUUCCAGUUACUUAAGAUUUUUGUCCUUUUAAUUAUAACUGAAAUUCUUUAAUUUGUAUCAUUUUAUUGUAUCAAUGGGUUAAACAUCUUGGGAAGAUUGACACUAUGGUGUAAAAAUUUGCUAGUAUUAGAACAGAGUAUAAUUUAACAAUAGAUGCUGGAAUCAAAUGAAUAGCCUCUUGCAUCAUUAUUAAUCUUUUCUAAAUCCGUGUAGCUGCUUGUAAUUCUGAGGCAUACGGAUUGAUAUGGAAGAACUUGUAAAAAUGGAACUGUCUUAAUUUGAAGAGCAAAAUUUUUUUUCAAUGCUUCAGUGAACAGCAUCCUUUCUAGCAUUAAUUUAAAUUAAGGGAGACUGGUCUUCCCUCUUUCCUGGUAGUUCCUAAAUAACUAAGAAUAAGUUCCCAAAGAAUUUGCACAUAGAAUCUUACAACUGUUAAGUGACUGAGUCAUCCCCAUAUCUCAUCUGUACUCCCUUAUUAACUCUCAGCAGGCUUUUUGAAUGGCUUUGUUUCAGAUUUGGUUAAUUUCUCCCCCAAAAUGCAUGUCAUGUAUUCUCAGGUUGUAUUCUCAGCAAUCAAUAAAUGGAUACACAUAAAAACUC